UUUGUUUUGUGAAUAUGAAAGUAAUUAUUAGAUGUAGGCCGAAAUAUUCCCCCCCGGUGAGUUGAAGGAUCAAUACAGUCUAGAGUGGUGUUUCUUUGACCAUGACCGCGUGAAGAACCAACCCCGUUUUCUGUGACCACAUAAAUAUCUCAUUCCCGUUGUGCGUUUCCAACCGAUCACCGGUUAAAUGGUUCCGGCCACCGGUGACCGGCAACACCCCCACUUUGAUUCCGGGGAGCCCUUACCAUAACCCUAACCACCAACAAGCUCUUUUCAUAUUCAUGGAUCCUCCGGAUUCUCAGUCCCAGGAACAGGAAGCGCCCAAGAAGAACGGCGUCGUUUUUGUCAUUCUGCGAUGGAUCCUCGCGAUUCUUUUUCCUUUCCUCCUCUUUCUCUCGAUUCCCUUUCUGCUUGGCUUACUGGUUCUCAUGUUCGCCGAUUUCUCCAUCCCCAACCCCAUUUCUCUCCCCUCACAGUGCAAAAUCGUCUCCACUGGUGUUGAUAUUAGGUCAUCUAAGAUAUGUGAACUUGGAUUGUUAGAUUAUAAAGCAAAGGAUGUGUUCCAUCAUUUUGAAAGAAGCAAAUUUCGCUGCCGUUAUGAUUACUAUUGGGCUUCAGUAUUCAAGGUGGAAUAUAAAGAUCACUUUUCUGGUCAGACACAAGUUGCAUUUGCUGAGGCUCCCAAUGAGGCCCUUCCUCUUUAUUGCAGGCCUAAUUUUGGUGCUGCAUGGUUGACACAAUAUAAAUUUAAGGUCAACGAGACUUAUGAUUGUUGGUACACAUCUGGCAUUUCCAAAGUUCGUUUACAUCAAGAUAGUCUUUUUGGUUGUGAUGCCCAUGAGCAGUCUACUCUUGAGAAGAGUAGACAAUAUUCUACCAUGGCAAUGGAGAUGGUAAUUUCCUGGUUUUCGAGUAGAGGAAGGACCAAGCAUUGGAGGUGGGAAACUUUAGCUGGAGUUGUAACUGGGUUCUUAACUUCAUUGAUCUCCAUAACCUUUAUUAGGUUCCUUCAACUACUUCUGCCUUCGCUAUAUCAAUCUUUCACAACAUGGAUAUUUUCUUGGCGUGUCAAUGCUGUUCUCAUCAGGCGCGCUUGUUUUCUUUUGGCAUACUUAUCUUUUGUGGCCUGGUUAGCUAUAGAAUAUGGGAAGAGGCUUGGUCUCAUGGAUAUAUUCAGACUUCCUAAAUCAUAGCACUGGUUUUUGUGAAGAGCAAUGCACUUUUCGUUGAAUCCCCAUGUAAUAUUAUAACUGUAGCAGGUGAUAUUCUUGUCCCGUGAUAAAUGGGCAUCGGCACCGUGUAAGGAAGUCAUGUAUAGUUCGAAGAGAGAGAAGGGAGGGGGGAUUAAAAACUGCAAUAAUUUAAAGUAAAUGCCUAAAUAGAUUUUAAUCUCUUGGUUAAAAUAGUAUCUUCGGGUGCAGUGGUUUACAAUUUACAUAGUUGUCGGGUCACAUAAGGCCAAUUUAGUAUAUGUCUGAGUGCUGGUGAGUCACCUACGCACUUGAAUUAAAGAUGUUGUAAAAGUCAUUACGGUAGCAUUUGGUUUGUUGGAAUGGUUUUACUGGACAUGAUAAUGAAAUGAAAAUUGCAUUUAUUUUCCAUGUUUCA